AUGAACUUGAAUACAAGGGAUUUGAUGACCCACUAUCCAUUUAUCUGUGGCCACAUGAUUUGAUCUUGCCCAUCAAUAGCUAUAGCCAACCUAUAUCUUGUAACUAUCUCUGUGUUUCUCUCCUCCCACCUUUAUUAUCUGAUAAACACCUUCAAACAACUAUCAUUUUUCAUUACUGGCUCAUAUUCAGCAUUACUCUGAACAUCUAGAGAUUAAACACCAUUUCAGCAUAAUCAGAGUGACCGAAUUCAAAGCUUGGGAAUCCUAAAGAGAGCUAAGCAUGAAGUUACUGGGUUGGAUGCACCGGAAGUUCCGGCAAAAUAGCAGCGAACCACUCAAAGAUUUUGCACUUGGAAAUGCCUGUUCUUGUCUUACAGGGCAGCCAUCGCCUGAUGACCAACAAUGCUACCCAAAGCCAAACUAUGGCACCAUGACCAAGCCAUUCAGGCAAUUAGGCCCCAGAGAGCACCAGCUUCGAAGCUCUUUUGCCGGGUUAGAAGCCGCCCGAGUAGAAGAAGAAGAUUAUGAAGAUCAAGAAACUUCAGCUGUACUAUCUGAAUUAUUCCAUGGCUUUCUUGCAAUUGGCACCCUUGGUUCUGAACCUGGCGUUAAUCACCCAUCAACGCCAACAUUCGGCAUCUCUGUUGAGAAUAUAACUGAGAAGGAAACGGAAGUGACAGAAAAUGAACUGAAGCUGAUCAAUGAUGAGUUGGAGAAAGUUCUUGGAGCUGAAGCUAAUAAGGAAGAUGGAUGUUAUGAGUCAUCAGGGAGGAACAGUCACGUGAGUAAUGGAAGGAGCAGCCAUGGAAGCACCAUUACUCUUAGUGGGAAGCCGUUGGAAGGGCAAGACAACAAUGGAAACGGGUUUUCAGUGUGUCCACUCCAGGGAUAUCUUUUCGGUUCAGCCAUUGAAUUGUCUGAAACCACAACCGUGGCAAAGAAGGAACAUAGAACAUCGCUUGGAGAACUUUUCCAGAGGACUAAAUUAGCUGAGGAGAACACUAAUUCUGGAAGUAAAUACGAGAGAGAGGAGAAGCGAACUGACAAAGAAGCUGAUAAAUCAGCUGUGCAACUUAUGAAAAAAUUAUUAAAGAAAAAAAUGCUUCAUGCUUCCAGGAGCUCCACUGGUGGAGGUGUUGAUUCUGCUUCAGCAGAAACAAAACUGCACAAGAUCCUGCAUAUGUUCCACAGGAAAGUUCACCCUGAGAGUUCCACGGCCACGAAAAAGACUGAUAAGCCUCUAAAAAAGGUGAACAGGAGUAUGGAGUAUGACAGAGUAGACAAUGGAGGUCAGAUGGUGACUGAUGAAGACAUUACAAUAUUUCCUCAGAGAAACCUCUUAAAAGAAAAGAUAAGACGCUACAAGAGCCAAUCCAUUUCACCACAGAUCACACUUGGGGGCUGUGAUUCAAACGGAAACAGGGAGUACUGGAUCAAAACAGACGCUGACUACCUGGUGUUGGAGCUCUAAGAGGCAGGGUCAGAGACAUGGAAGAGGAAGAGGGCCAAAAGUCUGAGAUACAAAAACUGAUGAACUCACGAGGAUUAAGCAGAGUAAGAAGCACAAUUAUGUUUGUAAGAAUGUCAUUACAAAAAUGGUUAGUGGUUUGUAGUAAUAUUAUAACUAUGUGAGUGAUUAAUAUUAUAAUUAAGAAGAGCUUGAAUGGAACAAAUAAAAUGAAUAAAGGAGGCAGUCCUCCUAGAAACUUUACUCCCUGUGGCCUUGACUGUGAGAGAUCCUGUCUCAUGUAAUGGAAGGUGUAAUAUUUGGUUUUGGUGAAAACAUAUUUUGAUAUAUGAUGAUGUAUCUAGCUUUAGAA